GGCAAAACAGCCGGCGGUAUUGCAGUAGAAAGGCAUGCGGCAGCAUCAUUGGUGUCCCCUCCGGACAAGCCGUCGCCCCAACAUCGUCGCACCAAAGCUGCAAAGUUUCACGAAACUUCCACUGCUAAAAUAAAUGAAAAGUUACUGCACAGAGACCCAUUUCCCAAUCGGGAGUGGACCACCACGAAUCAACAGCGCUUUUUCUUUUUGCAAUUUAUGGCCCAAUAACUCAUUCUCUCAGGAAAUCUGCGCAGUGCGGUUGACUGUAAAUGUUAUUUUUGUAGGAGUAGGACGAUAAUGGUGUGGCUAGAUGGUCCUUACAGCCUUGUUUUCAAUGUCACUUUUGGCAAAAAAUAGAAGAGAAUGAGUAGUAAAGAGCAAGGAAUUGGGAGCACCCUUUUGCCCUUUUCCUGGAUGUGAAAAAAAAAAGGCAAACCCUCAAUGCUGCUUUUGUUGCUUUUCCAAUAUAGAAUUGAUUCUUCUGAGGAAUGGCCGGUUUGGAUUUGGAAUAUUGUUCUUUUUGUAAAGCAGAUUAGUUAAAGAAAUUGCGAGGAUUGAAGAAAUUCAGGUUUCUGGGGGUAGUGUAGCUGUAGAGCCUUCUGUCUUGCUUGAUUUAAUUCUGUACAGCAAAUUUCUGAUGCAACAAUGGAAUGAAUAAAUUAAAUGGGAGGUGUCUUUUGGCACUUCUGUGACAUUCUCUUCUUUCUUUACAGCUGUACCUUCCUUCAUCUUUAUCAUCUCUCUCCAAGCAUUUCAUCAUAAAAAUCACUUCACUGUGCACAUUGCAUCUUUAUCUUCAGUUGCUGUUUCGGAUAGGAAAUACAGAGAUUUCAUCUCAAUCGAUUUUGCUGAUGUGAGUUGCAGACUGUUUGGUUGAAACGUGUUUAUGGAGGUAUCUGGGGAAUCUAAAUCAUGGAGGGAGGAGCUAGCAAGCUUAGUGGAGGAUACGGGGAUUAGAUUCCCCGGAGAUUCGAUCGAAGUUUUGGGGCCGGAGUUUCUACCGAAGGCGACGGUUGAGGAAGAAACGGAGAGCCUCAAGGAUCAAAUCAAGGGGUUCGUUAAGGCCUGGGGAGAAAUGGUGUUGGAAUUGGGGAGAGGUUGCAGAGAUGUUGUGCAGCAGACUGUACUGACCGAUGACUCGUACAUUGUGAAGAAAACAAAAGAGCCGUUGGCUCAGGUGUCGGAGAAACUGAGGUUUCUGAACGAGUUCUUGCCGGAAGAUCGCGAUCCAGUUCACUCUUGGUCGAUCAUUUUCUUCGUUUCUAUCCUUGCACUUGCUGUUCUGAGUCCGACUAGCAAGCAAGAUAGCACCAUUACAAUGGCGAAGAAAGUUUCGAUACAUCCUCGCAGCGCGACACGUGUAUUGCUCCCUGAUGGCCGAUACAUGGCUUAUCAGGAGAUUGGAGUUCCACCCGAUAAAGCAAGAUACUCCAUGAUCAUUCCACACGGGUUCUUGUCCUCGCGGCUCAUUGGCGUGCUCGGUGUGAAGGUGUCGCUGCUUGAAGAGUUUGGUGUUCGGCUCAUAAGUUACGAUCUUCCCGGUUUUGGGGAGAGCGAUCCACACCAUAACCGAACACUUACCUCAUCAGCUAUGGAUAUGUCACAGUUAGCAGAUUCAGUGGGAGUGAAGGGUAAAUUCUGGGUUCUCGGAUAUUCGACUGGCUCUCUCCACGCUUGGGCAGCUCUCAAGUAUGUCCCGGAUAAAGUUGCAGGUGCAGCCAUGUUGGCGCCGUUUGUGAAUCCUUACGACGCAAGUAUGACGAAAGAGGAGAUGUCUAAAGCUUGGGAAAACUGGACAAGAAGACGAAAACUGUUGUACUAUCUGGCGAGAAGAUUCCCGAAGCUUCUCAAUUACUUUUAUCAUCGAACUUUUCUAUCAGGGAAGCACGGGCGAAUCGAGAAAUGGUUGGCUAUAUCUCUCGGGAAGAAGGAUAAAGAUGUCGUGAAAUCGUCUUGUUUUGAAGAGAAGUGGCAAAGAGACGUGGAAGAGUCCAUUCGUCAGGGCAGCCCGAAGCCAUUCGUCGAAGAAGCUGUGCUGCAGGUCUCAAAUUGGGGAUUCAGCUUAAUGGAUCUUCAAGUGCAGAGGAAGUGUCUUCAAAAAGGCAUUCUAGGAUGGCUUCAGUUCAUGUCUGGACAGGCAGAAUGUGUGCUGACAGGAUACAAUGGCCCAAUUCACAUAUGGCAGGGGCUAGAUGAUCCAGUGGCUCCCCAGUCGACGCUCGAAUACAUGGGUCGUGCGCUGCCGACGGCGACCAUUCAUCGACUCCCCGAAGAGGGUCACUUCUCGUAUUUCUCUCUAUGCGACGAAUGUCACCGGAAGAUAUUCUUAACGCUCUUCGGGAAUCCACGAGGACCGGUCGAGAUCAUCGGAGACGAAAACGACGACGUCGAUAAUGAGGGGUUAUAACAUUUUUGGAGUCAAUCCAAAUGUGUAAAAGAUAAAUAGGAAGAAGCACACGGUGAAAAGGGUAGAGGUAAAAAUGUAGUAGUUUGCAUAUGAUCAAAUCUUGAAGGGGAAAUUUAUGGAGGCAACCAUAGCCAUAGCCAUAGCCAUAGCCAUAGCCUAUCUUUUAUGGAAAUUUGUCAUUUUCCUGCUGGUCCCCAAUCUAAAAUGGCCUCCAUCUUUCUCAAUUAAGUUUUGCUAAUAAUAAUAAUAAAUUGACAAGCAGACAGCUUAGG